AUGUCGCAAAAAGACUACUCGGGCCACUCGGCGGCUAAGCUAAUGGAUCAGUUCGACAUCUUCUCGCCUGCAAAGCACGUUGUCGAGUACAGUCACACAAAAUUUGAACUACCCAACCCUUUGAACUCUUCGAAGUAUGUCGGCAUUACGGAUGAUGUAGAGAACGCAUGGAUGGACGUUGCAUAUCUGCCCGACCAAAUGGUCUCGAUGGAAGACUUCCCCAAGCUACAAAAGCCCGCCGACGCCCUACAAGUCACCGACCCCAAGACAGGCGAAACAGGCUACCGAGUCGGACUUGAAGUCUUCCACCAACUGCACUGCCUCAACCUCCUCCGCAUGUCAACCUACCCCGACUACUACCCCAAGCUCUGGUGGAGCGACACCAACGACAAGCCUGAAAAGGUCAGGGCGCAUCUAGAUCACUGCAUUGAGAUCCUCCGCAUGAACCUCAUGUGUCUUUCUGACGUCAACGUCUUUACUUUCCAUCCGCAGGAGGGUAAGGAGGGAUACUGGCCUGACUACGAGAGUCACCAUGUUUGCAGGAACUUCGACAAGAUCAAGGAUUGGGCUAACGACAAUGCGAUGCCGGACCUUGAUGUGUAG